AACAUUAUAUUUGAAGUUAAAAUCAAAGAAUGAAAGGUUAAAUUUUGCAUAAUAUUUGUCUCCUUAACAAAGCAUUUUCCAGAAAAAAAUAAUAAAAGUACUUAUCACAUAUCACAAUCAUAAAAGAAACAAACAAGAUUGAUUUCAUUGCGACAGUGAAGUCCCAGUUACCAUGCUGGCAUGUAGUAGUACUCUCUGCCUCUGCCACGUGGCAUUCUCCGUCACCUCCCACAAUCCCACAAUCUUUUCUCUCCGGCGACAUACCAACAACCUCACUCUCCGAACAACAACCGCCGCUCAUCUUUCCAAUUCAUCUUCCUUUAAUCUCGCUUUGGAUUCUCAGAGUUUGAAGUGUAUUGAAUCCCAUGAUGAAUCAAGGUUGCCUUGGAUUGGUCCGGUUCCGGGUGAUAUUGCUGAAGUGGAAGCAUAUUGUAGGAUUUUUAGAAAUUCUGAAAGGCUUCAUAAUGCAUUAAUGGAUGCUUUGUGUAACCCUUUCACCAGUGAAUGUAGUGUUUCGGAUGAUGUUCCGUCCGGUGAGAAACCUCUUUUAGAAGAUAAAAUAGUAUCUGUACUUGGAUGUAUGGUUGCUCUUGUUAAAAAUGGGAGGGAGGAUGUUCUUUCUGGAAGAUUUUCCGUUAUGUCUCCCGUCCGUGCUGCUGGUGUUGGCACAGUGGAGGAAACCCUUCCCCCACUUGCAAUUUUCAGGAGCGAGAUGAAAAGGUGUUGUGAGAGUUUGCAUGUUGCUCUUGAGAACUAUUUAGUUCCUGGUGAUGAUCGAAAUUUGGAUGUGUGGAGGAAACUUCAGAGACUGAAGAAUGUAUGCUAUGAUUCCGGUUUUCCUCGCAGAGAGGAUUAUCCGUGUCCUGCACUAUUUGCAAACUGGAGUCCUGUAUAUUUGUUCGGUUCUAACGAGGAUUUGGAGUCCAAAGAUUCGGAAGCUGAUUUUUGGAUAGGUGGGCAGGUAACAGAAGAAGGCCUUAAGUGGCUACUGGAUAGAGGAUAUAAAACUAUUGUGGAUCUCAGAGAAGAGACUGUAAAAGAUAAUUUCUACCAAGCUGCUGUGCAUGAUGCUGUUUCUUCUGGAAGUAUUGAAUUGGUCAGAAUCCCGGUUGAAGUUGGGACCGCGCCUAAAAUGGAACAAGUUGAGAGGUUUGCAUCUCUUGUUUCAGAUAGUAGCAAAAGGCCAGUCUAUCUGCACAGCAAGGAAGGAGUUUGGAGAACAUCUGCCAUGGUUUCCAGAUGGAGGGAAUACAUGGCUCAAUCUGCAUCACAGUAUGUUUCUAAUCAAGCAGUAAUUUCCAAUGGUAUGUCAUCAGGUUAUACAAAUGAAUCUGGGAAACUGCAGGACUCAACGCCUGCUGAGAGAUCCUCCCAUGAAAAAGAUACUGAUUUGUUGCAAGAGGAUUUGGGUUCAGUCCAUAGUUCUGUUGACCCAUUUGACCAAAGUACCUCUCCAAAUAAGAAUAAUGAAAAAACACAAAGUAAUGGGACCUUAAGUGGGAUUAUUCCUAUUGACAGGGCUUCAUCACAAGCUUCUACUACUGGUGGGGAAAGAUCUUUUCCCACUUUAUCCGACAAAACUAACCCUUUAGAAGCUCAAGUUCCUCCUCAUGAUAUCUUUUCCAAAAAAGAGAUGUCCAGAUUUUGGGGAAGUAAGAAGGUUUCAAAACCCUCUUGUUCAAGUAAUCUGGUCAAUAGGUUGGAAUGCUUGCCAGAAUCAACGAGCAUGCAUAAUAGAAGACUGCAGGGGCAAGUGAUUAUCAGCAGUGGUCAUAAUCCUGGACCUAAAACUGUGGGUCCAGCAGUAAGUUCCAAUGGGUCAGCUCAGAUUGCAGUUGGUAACAAGUGGAAGUCAGUGAAUAUGAAUACUUCCAGUUCUGUUAGAACAACAGUUAAUGCUUUUAGUGAAAGAGAAAUGUAUUGCAUGACUGAUGUCAAUGAUAUUGAUAAUACAACAAAUACUCAAAGGAUUUUAGCCGAUGAGGAUAAGGCAGGGGAAGACUUGGGAUUCACUGAAGGGGACAUGUGUGCAUCUUCAACGGGAGUUGUAAGACUGCAGUCGAGAAAAAAAGCAGAGAUGUUCCUAGUAAGAACAGAUGGAUUUUCUUGUGUGAGAGAGAAGGUGACUGAAUCUUCACUGGCCUUCACGCAUCCUAGCACUCAGCAACAAAUGCUAAUGUGGAAAUCUACCCCAAAGACCGUGUUAUUGUUGAAAAAGCCUGGGGAGCACCUAAUGGAAGAAGCUAAAGAGGUUGCUUCUUUUCUAUAUAACCAAGAGAAAAUGAACGUAUUUGUGGAACCUGAUGUGCAUGAUAUAUUUGCUGGGAUUUCCGGAUUUGGGUUCAUUCAGACUUUCUAUAUUCAAGAUACUGGCAAUCUACACGAGAAAGUAGAUUUUGUGGCAUGUUUGGGGGGAGAUGGCGUUAUAUUGCAUGCUUCAAAUCUAUUUAGAGGUGCUGUUCCCCCUGUUGUGUCAUUUAACCUUGGUUCCCUCGGUUUUCUGGCUUCUCAUAGUUUUGAAGACUACAAACAGGACCUACGAAAAGUCAUCCAUGGAAAUAGUAAACAAGAUGGUGUAUACAUCACUCUCAGAAUGCGUCUCCGAUGUGAAAUUUUUCGUAAGGGUAAAGCUAUGCCUGGGAAAGUAUUUGAUAUUCUCAAUGAAGUUGUUGUUGAUCGGGGUUCUAAUCCGUACCUUUCCAAGAUUGAAUGCUAUGAACAUGACAGACUUAUAACAAAGGUACAAGGUGAUGGAGUGAUCAUAGCCACUCCUACCGGAAGCACGGCCUAUUCUACAGCUGCUGGAGGUUCUAUGGUCCAUCCAAAUGUUCCAUGCAUGCUGUUCACUCCAAUUUGUCCACAUUCACUCUCAUUUAGACCAGUUAUACUUCCAGACUCUGCUCAACUUGAAUUAAAGAUUCCAGAGGAUGCUAGAAGCAAUGCCUGGGUUUCAUUUGAUGGGAAGAGAAGGCAGCAACUUUCAAGAGGAGAUUCUGUACGAAUAUCUAUGAGUCAGCAUCCUCUUCCAACAGUUAACAAGUUUGACCAAACAGGUGAUUGGUUUCAUAGUUUGAUUCGCUGCUUAAAUUGGAAUGAAAGACUUGAUCAAAAGGCCCUAUAAGGCAUGUGAAAAUGACAAUCAGAUAUGCGUUAUUCUCUAGUAUAGACUACAUUGUGUAGUUACGGUAGAAGAUAUAGUUAUACAUUGAAAUUGAAGAACUUUGACAUAGUAUACUCGUUACUACCAAUUUGUAACAUUAGCUUCCCAUGAGAAUUAGGGUUUGGUAAUGGUUUUUUCCCUUUAUUGUGGAAAGAAUCUGUUCUACACUGACAUUGAACGCUAUAAAUUGUUGGUCUUAGAAAAUGCUGUUGUUUGUGUCAAAAAAAAGAAAGUGCCGUUGUACAACUGUUACUAUUUGUCUGUACAUAGCCUCACGUUAAUACUAAUAUAAAUAAACAGGCGAGGUGUUAGAUACUCACCCAAAGCCAAUUCACAUUCUCUUUGGAUCUUUUCUCUUAUUCAA